CUAGUUUCCGAAGUGUGGAGGCUGUCCGAGAGUAUAGAGAAAAGAUUGUUACUGAAUUUUUUGAGAAGAACCAUCGCUUUCCUAAGAUUGGGUUUGUCCCCACCAUGGGAGCUCUCCACGAUGGUCACUUGAGUUUACUCAAGAUUGCUCGUCAGAACAAUGACUUUGUGAUGGCCAGUAUCUUUGUGAAUCCAAAGCAAUUUGCUCCUCACGAAGAUUUCGCUGCCUACCCCCGCACUCUUGAAAAUGACUGCAAGCUCGUUCAGAGUGUUGGUUGCGAUGCGGUGUUCGCUCCUUCUGACGAAAUGAUGUACCCUAAGGUCCCCAAGUACCUUACCUACGUCACGAUCGAAGGAAGCGACAGCAUCAGCGAAGGAGCGGCCCGUCCUGGUUUCUUCCGCGGAGUCGCGACCGUGGUAACCAAAUUGUUCAACAUCGUGCAGCCCACGAACGCCUACUUCGGCCAGAAGGACGGCCUGCAAGCCAUUAUGGUGCAGCAAUUCGUCCGCGACCUGAACAUCCCCGUGCACAUCACGGUCUGUCCCAUCGUCCGCGCCAGCGACGGACUCGCUCUCUCCUCGCGAAACGCGUAUCUCAGCGCAGAGGAACGCGCCGCCGCGCCCGCGCUCUACCAGUCGCUCUGUGCGUUCCGCACAGCGUUCGAAAAGGGAGAACGCGACGUGGAAACGCUGCGUGCCGCCGCGAUUAAGCGAUUGGGAGAGGAACCGCGGUUCAAGCUGGAUUAUCUGAGCGUGGCGAACGCGGUGACGGCGGAGGAAUUGAGCGGAAAGAUCGAGGAGGAAGGGAUGGGAGAUGGAGUGUUCGUGUCGGUGGCCGCGUGGAUCGGAACGACGCGAUUGAUUGAUAAUAUCGUGCUGAGAAAGGAGAAUUAG